GCUGUGCAGCAGUCAGAAGACACAGCUGCCCUGAGGAUGGAGCAGGGACUCAGCAGGACCUGGGCCUGUGACCUGGACAAGUUCAUAGAGGCUCACCUCCUUCCCAACACCAGCUUCAGAACUGAGGUCAAGGCAGCCAUCAAGAUCAUAUGUGAUUUCUUGAAGGAGAGAUGCUUCCGAGACGCCGCUCACCCUGUAAGGGUCUCCAAGGUGGUGAAGGGUGGCUCCUCAGGCAAAGGCACAGCCCUCAAGGGCAGGUCAGAUGCAGACCUGGUGGUGUUCCUUAACAAUCUCACCAGCUUUGAAGAUCAGUUAAAGCGACGGGGAGAGUUCAUCCAGGAAAUUAAGAAACAGCUGUAUGAAUUGCAGCAUAGGAGUCAUAUUAAAGUGAAGUUUGAGGUUCAAAGUUCAAAGCAAUCCAACCUUCGAGCACUCAGCUUCAAACUGAGUUCUUACCAACUUCAACAGGAGGUGGAGUUUGAUGUGCUGCCGGCCUAUGAUGUCCUGGGUCAACUCAACUGUAGCAAACCUAAUCCCGGAAUCUAUAGCAGACUCAUCAGGGAGUGCACCUCCCUGGGGAAGGAAGGCGAGUUCUCCACCUGCUUCACAGAGCUCCAGAGAAACUUCUUGAAGCAUCGUCCACCCAAGCUAAAGAGUCUCAUCCGCCUGGUCAAGCACUGGUACCAACUGUGUAAGGAGAAACUGAGGGAGCUGCUGCCCCCACAGUAUGCCCUGGAGCUGCUCACAGUCUACGCCUGGGAACGUGGGAGUGGAGUCACUGAGUUUAACACAGCCCAGGGCUUCCGGACAGUCUUGGAACUGGUCACCAAGUACAGGCAGCUUCGAAUCUACUGGACAGAGUAUUAUGAUUUUCAAGACCAGGAGGUCUCCAACUACCUGCGCAGACAGCUUAGAAAAAACAGGCCUGUGAUCCUAGACCCGGCUGACCCAACAGGGAACGUGGCUGGUUUGAACUCAGAUGGCUGGAAGCUGCUGGCAGAGGAGGCUCUGGCCUCGCUACAAUACCCAUGCUUUAAAUGCUGUGGUGGUUCCCCAGUGCGCUCCUGGGAUGUGCUGAUGGAGGUUCCUAUGCCACAAUAACAAGUUAGCUUCUUACUCUUUGUUGUUUUCAAUUGUCUUGAUGUGGGCUUCUGCUGCAUAGCCCAGGCUAGCCUGGAGUUCACACCAUCAUCCUGCCUUAGUUCUGGGAUGAGUGCAGUGUAGGUCUGAUGUGUCCUGCCUUCCCUUCAGCCCCAAGUGGAUGAGAACUGAGCAUGAGUCCUCCUGUGAGCAUAGCAGCACCUGCCCAGAAGACUCCAGAGUCAAGGGAUGUGGAGAGCAGGAAAAUAAAAUUGCAUGGAAUCUGUUUCAAUAGUGACUUUAAAACUUAGUUGUCUGUGGCUAUAAUGAGAUUU